GCGCUAUUUAUCACGGGCUCUCCCUGUUGGUGUCAGGUCUGAUGCUGCAGGCAGCUGCUUGCUUCCUGUAUUAGCCACAGUCCUUUUCGCUGCUUGAUAACCCCACACCCCGGACUGUAUCGCGGACGGAUUUACUUUUCGUACCCCGCCCUCUCGCUUAGGGAAACAAGCCGAGUCGGUGUCCCGGUGUAGCUGCCGGUAAAAGCGUGGCAGGCGGCCCCGUGUGCUGUGAGAGGCGGCUGCAGGUUCGGACUGAGAGGCGCAAGGCACGAGUUUGCAGGAGGUAGCGCUAGUUAGCAGGAGCAGCUAGGUGGCUAAUGGCUAGCAGCAGCAGGUAGAAAACCAAGAAGAAGCUGAGUGACAGAAAUGUCUAAACCUCGAAUUCUAUAAGUCAGUUAAACCGAAGAAGCUGUCUGACUUUUAAAGAGCACAUCGUGGUGAUAGGUUUUACCAGAUUAACUAAGUGACAUGCUUCCGAAAGUGCACUAACUUAGCCUAACGUUAGCUAGCCAAGUUAUACUAGAGCUGAUCCUGUUGCUUUUUAAUACUGACUUUCACACGAGGGAAAGGUUAGGCUAGCAGCAGCCCACUUCACUGCAGUUUUGUGCUUCUUUUUUAAUUUUUUGCCUUUUUCGUUAAUUUUAUUUUUAAAUUUUGGACAAAGUCGAUUCGGGUUGUUAUUGAAAUGGGCCCCAAAAGAAAACCCGGUCCCCUUAAUAUUACGCCCAUUGGAGAGGGACAGGCCACCUCCAACACCAUUGAUGCUGCAUCUGAAGCCAACCUCGAGGCCUUACAGAAGAAGCUGGGGGAGCUGGACCUGGAUGAACAGCAGAGGAAACGGCUGGAAGCCUUUCUCACCCAGAAAGCCCAGGUUGGGGAGCUGAAGGAUGAAGAUUUCGAACCCAUAUGUGAGCUGGGUGCAGGAAACGGAGGGGUGGUCAACAAAGUCCGCCACAAACCCUCGGGCUUGGUCAUGGCUCGGAAGUUGAUCCACCUGGAAAUCAAACCUGCCAUCAGAAACCAGAUUAUCAGAGAGCUGCAGGUCCUGCAUGAAUGCAACUCACCCUAUAUUGUGGGCUUCUAUGGCGCCUUCUACAGUGAUGGAGAGAUCAGCAUCUGUAUGGAGCACAUGGAUGGCGGAUCCUUGGACCAGGUUCUUAAAGAAGCCAGAAGAAUCCCAGAAGAAAUCCUUGGAAAAGUUAGCAUAGCUGUGUUGAGGGGAUUGGCAUAUCUGCGAGAGAAGCACCAGAUCAUGCACAGAGACGUCAAGCCCUCCAACAUACUGGUCAACUCUCGUGGGGAGAUCAAGCUGUGCGACUUCGGUGUUAGCGGCCAGCUCAUAGAUUCCAUGGCCAACUCCUUUGUUGGAACGCGCUCCUACAUGUCGCCGGAGAGACUGCAGGGCACUCAUUACUCGGUUCAGUCUGACGUGUGGAGCAUGGGUCUGUCUCUGGUAGAGCUGGCGAUUGGCCGCUACCCCAUCCCCCCACCAGACACCAGAGAACUGGAGGCCAUCUUUGGACGGGCCGUUGUGGAUGGGGCUGAGGGAGAGCCUCACGUCAACAUGCAGAGGCCUAGACCACCCGGAAGGCCUAUAAGUGGAUCUGGGAUGGACAGCAGACCUGCCAUGGCCAUCUUUGAACUUUUGGACUACAUUGUCAAUGAGCCACCCCCCAAACUGCCGCUUGGUGUCUUCACCAGUGACUUCCAGGACUUUGUGACAAAAUGUUUGAUUAAAAACCCAGCCGAGAGAGCGGAUCUGAAGAUGCUCAUGAGUCACACAUUCAUCAAGCGAUCAGAAGUGGAGGAAGUGGACUUUGCCGGCUGGUUGUGCAAAACCAUGGGCCUCAACCAGCCCAGCACUCCCACCCGCGGCGCCGAGUGACCGGGCUCCCACGCUGCCCUGCCACGUCUCGGGACCUCUGUGCGUACACGUGCAUAUCCUGUACGUGUACACACAGAAGCUCUCACAAAUAUUGGCACUUUUUUCUUGUUGCUAUAGCUUCAUACAGUUUUUGUUCCCCCUCCCCAGUUAUUUCUUCACCAGCAGCAGGGCCCAUUGAGUCAUUGUACUGUAAGACCACAGCUUCACCUUGACAGUGUCGAGAGCAGCCACAGCUCAUUUUUCCACACUGCUACAGAGGAUGUAAAGCACUGAAGGGCUGCCAGUGUGUCAGCUAAAUUUGCUUUGACAAACUUAUUUUGUAUUGUCAGAUAUUCUGUAUUAACCUUUUCUAUGGCAAUGGGUGAUGGCACAUGGGACUGUAUUUUAUUAAAUAACCUGCUGUAGAGAUUUGGUGGAAAUCGUAGGGAAAUCAAAGCAUAUUAUCUACUUGCAAACUCGCGAUUGCUUUUAUUGAAGGUAAAUGCAGCUACUUUAAUUAGAAUCAUAAAUGCUAAAAGGUUCUGUUGCAAUUACCUGCAAUAUAAUAAUCGAGUUUGAGAGUAGAAUCCAGGGCAAAUGAGCGUGUAAGGAGUCAUUUUCACUUUUUUGGCAAAUGAACAAUGUCACAAACCAAAGAGGGUACUCACAACUACUACUUUUUUUUUCUUUAUGGCUGAUCUUUUUCUUGUGUGCAGAUUCAUGAACAGUAUGAAACUGUAAUUUGAAUGUUCUCAUUUUCUUAGUCAGUGAUCUAAGUGUUGAUUGACAUCAUUUCUUCAGCAUUUAUUUCAAUUUGCAUCCCACACUCGGUCUCACAUGGGAGGACACACAUGCCGUUAUAUGCCAAAAUGUGUUUGACAUUGAGGAAACAAAAAUGUAUUCAUGGGACAAUAUAGCAUGGUUUAUUAUCUUCUAAUACUGUUUGUGUAUUUGGUUUCCCAACUCAUGAUGGGGAUGAUUAGGUGGUGUUUUUAUCAGAAUCCUGAAUCUGCAAUGUUUAAGAGAUUUCAAUCAUGUUGGCUUUAUUUGACAUUUUCUUUCUAUGUUGUCUGUCUGUACUUUCCCCCUGAGGUGUAUAUAUUUUCACCGUACCGCUACAUGUGGCGCUCUGAGCUUUCUCCUUGGAUGCAGCCAACCCGGAGGCUCGCUCUUGAAAGAUUUCGGUUGAAUUAUUGCUAAAAUGCUUUUCCUUGUGAUUAAACCCAGUUAAUUUUGUUAAAAGUACAACCUGACUUCAAGUGGGACAUCAGACUUCUCAAGUCGUACAAAGGGUCUGACCGAGCAUUGUAACCCAGGUCAGUAUUGGUGGUGGUUUUACUUACUAUCCUGCUGUCUUGCUAGAGCUCUUGUAUCCUCUGCUUAUGGCUGCCCUUUCUUAUCCCCUCCCCCACCCCCCAAAAAAAUGUGCAUUUGUAAAGAGCAAAAUGGAUGCAUUGUCACCUGUAUGUGUACAAAGCUAUAUACAAAAAUUACAGUACUAUUUUGCAGUCUUAAUACACAAAUCCUUGAUUUAUGUAAAUGACAAGAGUCAUUUUAUUAUAAUAUAAAAUGUGUUGGGUAUGGAUAUAAUGUAUUAAAAAAAAAGUUUAAAAUAAAACCUAUUUGUGAAUGUA